AUGGAUUAUUCACCCUUCUAUUCAAAAGCUUGUCAGAAAGGGUUUCAAGUUGUGAUAGUGCAAGCAAGCUAUUCUGUCUCAAUCCUAGUUUCCUCACUUAUCUUCACAGACUUAACAGUUCCUACAACAUCAUCUAUUUCCACUCCACCAAAAGUUCCGAUUGUCAAAUCCUUUUUGGAGGAGAUUCGAACUUCAGGUAUCCCUAGUAACACAUAUGAUGUGGUAUCAAACUCCAACAUUGGUGUGACUUAUGAACAACCUUCAUCUAUGGUUCGUCCUUUUGAUCAUGAUACUGACGUUUUAUUUGGAGAUGAUCCAGAACCAAUUACUGAUUUUGUCUUCCAAUUAUUCUCUGUCAAUUUCAAUAGUGAUGAUGAUGACACUCCGAUGACCAAAGCGGAAAAACAAGCUCUCGCAGCACUCCGUGAAGACAUUAAGCUUAACAAUACUGAUCUCAAUUUAUCAAUCACUCAACAACUCACCAAGAUACAAAAUUACUUGGCUGCUGAGAACUAG